GAAGCACCAAGAAUGGCCGAGAUUCCAAGGGUCAGAGGCUCGGCGUCAAGAUCUUCGGCGAUCAACUUGCCAAGCCCGGUUCCAUUAUCGUCCGUCAGCGCGGAACCAAGUUCCACGCCGGAAAGAACGUGGGGCUUGGCAAGGAUCAUACGAUUUUCUCAUUGAUUGAUGGACUUGUGAAAUUCGAGAAGUAUGGACCUGACAAGAAGAAGGUGAGCGUCUACCCAAGAGAAGUGCAGCCUGAGAAUCCAAACAGCUACAGAGCAAGGAAGAGGGAGUAUUUCAGGUUGCAAAGAGAGCGCAAGAAAGCAAGGAAGGAAGGCAGUAUUGCUCAACCCCAAUUAGUAUUAGCUUCUUCUGAUGCUACAGAAACAAAUCCAGUUUGCUGAUUUCCAGAGGCAGCACUUCAAUUACUGCUUCUUUAAAAGCUCUCAUGGUAUUGCAGGAAGAAGGUCUGCUCCACUAGCUUCUCUUCUUUAGUUGUUGUGCACAUAUAGUUUGCUGGAUUCUUCAUAGCAAUAUUCGCUUGUUCUACUUCUUGCCCUCAGAUUUUCUGUAACAUUCAUAGCCCGUUUUGAAAAUAUUUCAGAUAUCCCUCAACUUUCACUAUUUUCUUUCUGGGUUGAUUUUGUUGCUGUCAAAAUGGCAUACAACAGAUAAUACGGAGUGAGUUUUGAUGAA